UUCAGUAGUAGUACUCCUACUAUUACAUUUCGCCAGGCCAAAAUGGAUCUCCUCCUCCUGGAGAAGACCCUUCUAGCCCUCUUUUUCGCGGCGGUUCUAGCCACUGUCGUCUCCAAACUCCGAGGCAAGCGGUUCAAGCUCCCGCCAGGACCCAUACCCGUACCGGUAUUCGGUAACUGGCUCCAGGUCGGGGAUGACUUGAACCACCGGAACCUCACCGACUUGGCCAAGAAAUUCGGUGACAUACUAUUACUCCGGAUGGGGCAGCGCAAUCUGGUGGUGGUGUCUUCGCCGGAUUUGGCAAAGGAUGUUCUCCACACGCAGGGAGUGGAGUUCGGAUCGAGAACCCGGAACGUGGUGUUUGAUAUCUUCACGGGUAAAGGUCAGGAUAUGGUGUUUACGGUGUACGGCGAACACUGGAGAAAGAUGCGGCGGAUCAUGACGGUGCCAUUUUUCACGAACAAGGUGGUCCAGCAGUAUAGGUACGGGUGGGAGGAAGAGGCUGCAAGCGUGGUGGAGGACGUGAAGAAGAAUCCGGAGGCAGCGAGGAGUGGGAUCGUGUUAAGGAAGCGAUUGCAGCUAAUGAUGUAUAACAACAUGUACAGGAUCAUGUUUGACAGAAGGUUCGAGAGCGAAGAGGAUCCAUUGUUCGUGAAGCUCAAGGCUUUGAAUGGAGAGAGGAGUAGAUUGGCGCAGAGCUUUGAUUACAAUUAUGGCGAUUUUAUUCCCAUUCUGAGGCCUUUCCUGAGAGGGUACUUGAAGAUCUGUAAAGAGGUGAAGGAAAGGAGGUUGAAGCUUUUCAAGGACUACUUUGUUGAGGAGCGGAAGAAACUGUCGAGCACAAAAAGCAUGAGCAAUGAAGGAUUGAAAUGCGCAAUCGAUCAUAUUCUGGAUGCUCAGCAGAAGGGGGAGAUCAACGAGGACAACGUUCUUUACAUUGUUGAGAAUAUCAACGUCGCUGCUAUUGAAACCACGCUGUGGUCGAUCGAGUGGGGAAUCGCUGAGCUGGUAAACCACCCCAACAUCCAGAAGAAGCUCCGGGAUGAGCUGGACUCCGUACUGGGUGUGGGCCACCAAAUCACAGAGCCGGACACCUACAAGCUUCCCUACCUUCAGGCUGUAAUCAAGGAGACUCUGAGACUCCGCAUGGCCAUCCCACUGCUGGUGCCACACAUGAACCUCCACGAUGCAAAGCUGGGCGGCUAUGACAUCCCUGCAGAGAGCAAAAUAUUGGUGAACGCCUGGUGCCUUGCCAACAAUCCGGCUCAUUGGAAGAAUCCUCAGGAGUUCAGGCCAGAGAGGUUCUUGGAAGAAGAGUCAAAGGUGGAGGCGAACGGAAAUGACUUCCGCUACCUCCCAUUCGGUGUUGGAAGGAGGAGCUGCCCCGGAAUCAUCCUGGCACUUCCCAUCCUAGGUAUCACCAUCGGUCGUUUGGUGCAAAACUUCGAGCUGUUGCCUCCACCGGGACAGCAGAAGCUCGAUACCAGCGAGAAGGGAGGACAAUUCAGUUUGCACAUUUUGAAGCAUUCCACCAUUGUGGCAAAGCCAAGGUCAUUUUAAAAAGGAAAAACAGAAAGCAAAUUCAUCAGUUUGUAUUGGAUUACUGCAUGCUUAUGAGACUUAAUCUCCUUGCAAGGUUUGACCAUGUGUAAAUUUGCCAUUAAUAAAUAAGUUUUGCGUUU